GCACCUCUUCUCACCCCCGAGGCUCCCGAGGACCGGCGGUGGCUGCCCCGGAGGUCCUCCGCUCCUCUGCCUUGGGCCCCGGAGGACCUUCCUGGCUGCGCCGAGUCAACCCUCUUCAUGCUGCAGUGCUGCACCGUUUCCGCUACCGAAGGGGAGAAGCGGCAGGGAUCUCAAACAAAACGCAAGAACUGGUGUGUGACUCAUCUGCUCGGAUACCUCCCGUCCCCAAACUGUCUUCCAGGAGUUUUCUUGGCCGAAGCUGCCCAAUGUUUGAGCCUCUUCUUCCUAGGGAAGAUGGACUGAAAGCUGCUAGUUGGGGACUUUUUUUGGUCAAGGAGCCUCUGUAUUUUAAAGGAGGUGAUGGGGCUUGCACUGGCUUGUCUUCCUGCCCAAUUGAAGAGUUGUUGAUGAUGUUCACUGGUUAUGCUUAGACAAUGCGCAGUUUGUUUUAAUUUAAAAAUUUUGGGGGGGGUUAGGGGUGUAGGCUUGUGAAGAGCAUUCCGAACCUGGAGGAGCUCCUCAUUGUCCCUGGUUCAGACACCCCUCCCAGCCUGUCCUCGAUGCCGUCAGCCUUGGCCAUCUUCACUUGCCGCCCGAACUCGCACCCGUUUCAGGAGCGUCAUGUCUACCUGGACGAGCCCAUCAAGAUCGGCCGCUCGGUGGCACGCUGUCGACCAGCGCAGAAUAAUGCCACCUUUGAUUGCAAAGUGCUGUCAAGGAACCAUGCUCUCGUCUGGUUUGAUCACAAGACGAGCAAGUUUUAUCUCCAAGACACUAAAAGUAGUAAUGGUACCUUUAUAAAUAGCCAGAGAUUGAGUCGAGGCUCUGAAGAAAGUCCACCAUGCGAAAUUCUUUCUGGUGACAUUAUCCAGUUUGGGGUAGAUGUGACAGAAAAUACACGGAAAGUUACCCAUGGGUGUAUUGUUUCCACAAUAAAACUUUUUCUACCAGAUGGUAUGGAAGCCCGACUCCGUUCAGAUGUCAUCCAUGCUCCAUUACCGAGUCCUGUAGACAAAGUUGCUGCUAACACUCCAAGUAUGUACUCUCAGGAACUAUUCCAACUUUCUCAGUAUCUACAGGAGGCCUUACAUCGGGAACAGAUGCUGGAACAGAAGUUAGCCACACUUCAGCGGCUACUAGCUAUCACCCAAGAGGCUUCCGAUACUAGUUGGCAGGCUUUAAUAGAUGAAGAUAGACUCUUAUCACGGUUAGAAGUUAUGGGAAACCAGUUGCAGGCAUGCUCCAAAAAUCAAACAGAAGAUAGUUUACGGAAGGAGCUGAUCGCACUGCAGGAGGAUAAACACAACUAUGAAACCACAGCCAAAGAGUCCCUGAGGCGGGUUCUUCAGGAGAAAAUCGAAGUGGUUAGAAAACUUUCAGAAGUUGAGCGAAGUCUGAGUAAUACUGAAGAUGAAUGUACCCACCUGAAAGAGAUGAAUGAGCGGACUCAGGAAGAAUUAAGAGAAUUAGCCAAUAAGUAUAAUGGAGCAGUUAAUGAAAUUAAAGAUUUAUCUGAUAAAUUAAAGGUAGCAGAAGGAAAACAAGAGGAAAUCCAACAGAAGGGACAAGCUGAGAAGAAAGAAUUACAGACUAAAAUUGAUGAAAUGGAAGAAAAAGAACAGGAGCUCCAAGCAAAAAUAGAAGCUUUGCAAGCUGAUAAUGAUUUUACCAAUGAAAGGCUAACAGCUCUACAAGUACGGUUAGAACACCUGCAGGAGAAAACUCUUAAAGAAUGCAGCAGCUUAGGGAUACAAGUUGAUGACUUCUUACCUAAAAUAAAUGGGAGCACAGAAAAAGAGCACUUGCUUUCAAAGAGUGGCGGGGACUGCACUUUUAUUCAUCAAUUCCUAGAAUGCCAGAAGAAGCUGAUGGUCCAAGGGCAUCUAACCAAAGUGGUAGAAGAAUCAAAGCUUUCAAAAGAAAACCAGGCAAAGGCAAAGGAAUCUGACUUAUCAGAUACUUUAAGUCCAAGCAAGGAGAAAAGCAGUGACGACACUACAGACGCCCAGAUGGAUGAGCAAGACCUAAAUGAACCCCUUGCUAAGGUGUCUCUAUUGAAAGAUGACUUACAGGGUACCCAGUCAGAAACUGAGGCCAAACAAGAUAUUCAGCAUCUUCGCAAAGAAUUGGUGGAAGCCCAGGAGCUAGCUAGAACAAGUAAACAAAAAUGCUUUGAACUUGAAGCUCUUUUGGAAGAAGAACGAAAAGCCUAUCGAAGUCAAGUUGAGGAAUCAGCUAAACAAAUACAGGUUCUUCAAGCCCAGCUGCAGAGGUUACACGUGGAUAUGGAGAAUCUCCAGGAGGAAAAGGACACUGAAAUCUCCAGCACGAGAGAUAAAUUGCUUAGUGCCCAAGAUGAGAUUUUGCUCCUUCAUCAAGCAGCAGCAAAGGCUGUGUCUGAGCGGGAGACUGACUUCCUUUCUUUGCAAGAAGAGCUUAAGAAGGUGAGAGCGGAGCUUGAGGGCUGGAGGAAAGCAGCAUCUGAAUAUGAGAAUGAAGUCAGAAGUCUGCAGAGCAGUUUCCAGCUUAGAUGUCAGCAGUGUGAAGACCAGCAAAGAGAAGAGGCAACAAGGUUGCAAGGUGAGCUAGAGAAGUUAAAAAAGGAAUGGAAUCUACUGGAAACUGAAUGUCAUUCUCUAAAAAAGGAGAACGUGUUAUUGUCUUCAGAACUGCAGCGGCAAGAGAAAGAGUUACACAAUUCUCAGAAGCAGAGUUCUGAGCUCACGAGUGACCUCAGCAUCCUUCAGAUGACUAGGAAAGAGCUGGAGAACCAAGUGGGAUCCCUGAAAGAACAACACCUUCGGGAUGCAGCUGACUUAAAAACUCUGCUCAGUAAGGCUGAAAACCAAGCAAAGGAUGUACAGAAAGAGUAUGAAAAGACACAGACUGUUCUCACAGAACUGAAGUUGAAGUUUGAAAUGACUGAGCAGGAAAAGCAAUCAAUCACAGAUGAGCUCAAACAGUGUAAAGACAACCUGAAGCUGCUGCGAGAGAAAGGAAAUAAUAAACCCUGGCCCUGGAUGCCCAUGUUGGCGGCCCUGGUUGCGGUGACAGCUAUGGUGCUGUAUGUACCAGGUCUGGCCAGAGCUUCUCCAUGACAGUGUGUCUUGAGUCUGUACACCGUCCUCCCUCUAGAAGCUGGCACCACACUCAUGCUGGGGACAAGCAGAACCAUUUUCUUCCUUUUUACCUCUUAAAACAGCAAAGUGCAAGAAUACAGCUGUAGGGUCAUUGCUUUAACUUAUAUAAAAUAUAUCUGUCUAUAGAGAGGA